AGACGUUUCCGACAGUUCGUGAAAGCAGCAGGAAAAAACUGUUUGAAAGGAAGGAAGCCCUACUGCGCGUCGCCAUGGAGACAGAUGCCGGAAGCAGCGACGAUAACGGAAGUCAUCAUGGAUAGAGCCUAACAGUGGGCACUUACAUGGGCUGCUCGCCCUCAACUACCUCCAAACCGCCUGGACCUGCAUCUCAGCAUGGACCCCUCAGCCCUCCGUGUUGGGGCCACAGCUCCGGAGGCUCUCUCUCUCCUUCACCAGCGCCUGGUGUUAGCUGAGGAGGAGGCUGAAGCACUGAUUCAAGACAUAAGUACACUGGGAGUUUCCAGGGACCAAAUGUUUGGAUCUGCUGAGAGAAUGGGAGCCGCCCGAAGCCCUGUAAGUCCUCUGAAGAUGCGUCGGGUCCUCUGGGAUGAAGGCUCACUGUGGCAACGGUGUGAGUCUCUAGUGAGCCGGGUGUGUCGCAUGGAAAGUCUGCUACAGACGCUCAGACUCACCAUCUUCCGCCUGGAGACUGAGAGAGAGCUGGAUCCUCACACAGCUCAUCUGAAGCAGCAGCUCAUAGAGCUGCAGCAGGAGAGCGAGGAGCAGCAUCGGGCCUCCAGGAGGGAGGCGAUGAAGCUCAGGGACCAACUUCAGCAGGUUUACCAGGAGAGAGACGACGCUCGCACACAGGCGCAGAGGCUGGGAGACGCGAUGGAGGCAGCUGCUGCUGCUAAGGUUGAUGUGGCUUUGGCUGCGGAGGAGCUGAAGAUUGUCAAAUUAGAGAUGAGUCAGAAACUGAUGGAGAUGAAGGAGCAGAUGAGGGAGGAGGCCGACCGAUCCGCUGAAGCCAUAAAAUCUCACAGUGAGCUUCUCCAGCGGGUGGAGGAGAUGGAGAGAAUGCUGGAGACGGAGAGGAGACAGGCUCUGCAGCUGCAGUCGGAUUGCCAGGCCUUACAUGUGGAGGUCCAGACGGGCCGGCGGCAACUGGAGGAAGAAAGAGACCAAAGCGGACAGCUGGAGGAGCACUGUCAGCGGCUCAGAGAGCAGACAGAAAUGAAGGACUCGCUUGUGUCUGAGCUGAAAACUGAUCUGAAAAGUGUUUGUCCGGCCCUUCAGAAGCAGCAGACAGAAAACAUUAAACUGCUGAGGGAGAGCAGAGAGCUGAGAGCUGCUGCUGACAGAGUCCAGACCCUGAAUCAGCAGCUGCAAAGUCAGUGUUCCCAGCUCACCUCUGCCCUGCGUUCACUCACAGAGGAGAAUGAAAGGCAGCAGGCCAGCUUAAAGGCCGAGAGGAGUCGAGCAGUCGAGCGACUUCAAGAACGAGACCUGCAGCUGGAGGUGGCCAGAUGCAAUGUUCAGACUGAGCUGCAGGUGGCGCUGACACAUAAAGUUAGUCUGCAACUGGAGCUAGAGAAGCUCAAAGGCGAACAUGCUCAGCUCCUGCAGAGCUCGUCUACUGCACAGGAGACAGCAGCCGCUGAGAGGAAACUAUUUGAACAAACCAUCAAGAGGCUACGUGAGGAGCUGAGCACGGCCAAGAAAGAAGAGGAGGCCACGAGGAAAGACCUGGAGGGUUCGAAAACUGAGUUAUGUCUCGUUGUCACUAAGCUGGAGGAUGACAGAAGACAUCUAGAGAGCCAACUCCGAGAGGCCAGGUGGGAGGUGGGAUCUUUGAGCUCAGCCUUACAGAACCGGCAGGAUGAGAACAGGAGACUUAUGGGAAAGGUGACUGCUUCAGAGCAGCAACAGCAAGCAAUGAAGCAGGUGGACCAGAUGCUGAAGGACCUAACUGACAAGAACAAAGAGGAAGGGAAACUUAAGAUCAGCGAGCUGGACGGUGUGUGUGGUCCUGCAGGAGGUGUCAGUCUGACCCUUGAAAACAUUCUGACCCAUACGGGACUCAACAGUCUGACCCUGCAGCAGGAGCUCGGGGGGCAGCAGCAUGAGCUGGCCACACUCAAAAAGGACAGGCUGCAGGCUCAGAGAGAAAUCAGGAGACACCAGGUAGAGGUGGAGAAACUCCAGCGACUCCUCACAUCCACUCACUCCAAGAACAACAGAGCGCUGGAGUCCUUGCAGAAGGCCUUGGAAACAGCCAAAGUGGACAACAGAAGGCUGGCCCAGCGAGUGGAGCAGGCUGUGUUCACCAACAGCACUUUACACAGCAAACUGGAGCAGGCCAGAGAGCAGCACCAGGCCGCCAUCACACUGAGAGAUGAAGAGCUGCGCGAGGCUCGGGCAAAGAUCAAUGAUUUGUCUGAAGAGCUGGGCACCGCAAGGCAACAAACCAAGAGAGACUAUGAAUCUUCACUGAAAACACUGCAGAGAGAAAUCUCUGAGCUAAAAAUGACAGUUAAGGACUCAUCAGCCGGGUCAGGUGACCUGUCCAAGGCCAAUCGGGAGCUCCACAGACGGGUGUCCGAGCUGGAGUGGCAGGUGUCCAAACAGAAAGCUUGUAUCAGAGAGCAGAGGAGGCAGCAGAGGCAGCAACAGAAAAGCAGAGGGUCACAGGAGAGCCCGCAGACUGUCGAGAGGUUUGAAGAGAACAUCAGGAAUGUGCAGGAGAAAGAGGACGAUGAGCUCCAGGAGGAGGUCAGGAUGGACUCUCAGCAGAUUUCACGUAAACGGGAGGACGAGUGCGAGAGGUGGACUUCUAUCAUCCAACGGUGGGAGGCCAAGAGAGAUGUGGCUCAUGUCGCUGGAGGGUCCAAGCCUGUGAGGACACAGCUGAUGACACACUGAUAAAAACCAACACAUACAUACAGAAGUCACGUACCUCACACACACACACACACACACACACACACACACAUACGGCAUAGUGAUCCUUUGUAUUUAUUCAAACAUUAAACGGUGACCAACAGAGAGGAGGAGAUAGCAGCCACGUGUGGAUUAGCAGCUGUAGAGUGUGUGUGUGUGUGUGUGAGACGUCCACCAUGUAUACUGAUCAGAUUUGAAUGACGGUCUGGAGGGAAACAUGCACUCUCAUCAGAACAAACUGUACAACCAUAACAUCGGAUAGACUUCUCCACUGUACAAAGAUUCUUCUUCUUUUUCUUUUUUUUUAACAGACUGUUCAUAGAAAAGUAUUUUUUUUAAAUAACACUGUGUACAAAUGUUAUGACUCUCCAUCUACCAUAGUCACACUUUCUGUACAGUGUUGGCUUCUGUUAUUUGACGAAUUAACUGUGAAUAUACUGUAUGAUGUCA